AUGGUGCAGAAAUAUGCAUUUCCUGGAGCUGUGGAGGUGAUGAAGAGCGUUUUAAAGAAGAUCAACAGGAAUGAUCUGGUGGAGGAGUUAAACAUCAGCUCAGGAGCAGAAGGUCUAUGUAAGAUCACUGUGAGGAUGAGAUGUCAAAAUGUGACUGAAACAAGUGAUGAACCAGGAGGUGAAACCUACUUCAAUGAUAGGUUCACUGAUGUCUACAUCACAGAGGGAAGGAGUAACGAGCUUAAUACUCAACAUGAGGUGUGGCAGCUUGAGACAGCUUCCAAGAUGAAGACCCUCCAUGAUGCUCAAAUCAAGUGCCACGACAUCUUUAAAGCCUUACCCAACCAAAGGAAAUACAUCAAAGUGGUUCUGAUGAACGGCGUCGCUGGUAUUGGAAAAACCUUCUCAGUGAGGAAGUUCGCUCUGGACUGGGCAGAGGACUUGAAAAACCAACAUAUCAGUCUGCUGUUCCUGUUUCCGUUCAGGGCGCUGAACUUGAUCAAAGAUGAGCAGUACAGUCUGAUCAUGCUGAUCUAUGAAUUCUAUCCAACAUUACAAAAAAAGCUCACAGCAGAGAUGCUCGCUGUCUGUAAAGUUCUGUUCAUCUUUGACGGCCUGGAUGAAAGCAGACUUUCACUGGAUUUCAACACCAGAGAAGUCGUGACUGAUGUCACACAGAAGUCAUCAGUCAGCGUGCUGUUGACAAACCUCAUCAAGGGGAAUCUGCUUCCCUUGGCUCUCAUCUGGAUAACUUCCAGACCUGCAGCAGCCAAUCAGAUCCCUCGUUCAUGUGUUAGCAGGGUAACAGAAGUACGAGGCUUCACUGACACCCAGAAGGAAGAGUACUUCAGGAAGAGAUUCAGUGAUGAAGAGCAGUCCAGCACAAUCAUCUCACACAUCAAGACACCCAGGAGCCUCCACAUCAUGUGUACCAUCCCAGUCUUCUGCUGGAUCACUGCUACAGUUCUGAAGGAAAUGUUGACUACAGACCAGAGAGGAGAGCUGCCCAAGACCCUGACUGACCUGUACUCACACUUCCUGCUGGUUCAGAUAAAGAGGAAGAAGAGCAAGUACGAUGAAGAACAUGAGACGAGUCCAGAUGAGCUGACGGAGGCUGACAGGAAACUUCUUCUGAAGCUGGGGAGGCUGGCGUUUGAACAACUGAUGAAAGGAAACAUCAUGUUCUACCAAGAAGACCUGGAGCAGUGUGGUCUUGAUGUCACAGAGGCUGCAGUGUUAUCAGGAUUUUGUACAGAGAUCCUCAAAACAGAGAAACUCCAGAAGAAAGAAGUCUACAGCUUUGUAUAUCCGAGCGUUCAGGAGUUUCUGGCUGCAGUCUACAUGUACCACUGUUACACCAGCAGGAAGACAAAGGUACUGCAGGACUUCCUGGUAGCAGACUACAGUGACUCCUCUCUGGAUGACUUCCUGAAGGGAGCCAUGGAGAAAUCUCUUCAUACUAAAAAUGGCCACCUGGAUCUGUUUGUCCGCUUCCUUCAUGGCCUCUCUCUGGAGUCCAACCAGAGUCUCUUAGGAGGCCUGCUGGGUCAGACAGAGAACAGUCCAGAAACCAUCCAGAGAGUCAUCAACAACCUGAAGGAGAUGACCAGUGAUAAUAUCUCUCCUGACAGAAGCAUCAACAUCUUCCACUGUCUGAUGGAGAUGAACGACCGCUCAGUACAUCAGGAGAUCCAAGAGUUCCUGAAGUCAGAGAACAGAUCAGAGAAGGAACUCUCUGAGAUCCAGUGCUCAGCUCUGGCCUACAUGCUGCAGAUGUCAGAGGAGGUUCUGGAUGAGUUGGACCUGGAGAAGUACAACACAUCGCGGGAGGGACGACGGAGACUGAUCCCAGCUGUGAGGAACUGCAGAAAGGCUCGACUUUCUCGCUGUUAUCUCUCAGAGACUCACUGUGAAGUUGUGGCCUCAGCUCUGAAGACCAACCCUCAUCUGACAGAUCUGGACCUGAGCUACAACAUCCUGACUGAGUCAAAGAUGAAGCUUCUGUGUGCUGGACUGGAGAGUCCAAACUGUAAACUGGAGACUCUGAGAUUGUGUGGCUGCAGGUUGACAAAGACCAGCUGUGCUUCUCUGGCCUCAGCACUGAAGUCCAACCCCUCCCAUCUGAGAGUGCUGGAUCUGAGAAACAACAAGUUGCAGGAUUCAGACGUGGAGCAGCUGUCUGAUCUUCUGAAGAAUCCAGACUGUAAACUGAAGACUCUGCUAUUGGGGGACUGCAGUUCAUCAGAGACCAGCUGUGCUCCUCUGGUCUCAGCUCUGAAGUCCAACCCCUCCCAUCUGAGAUAUCUGGAUCUGAGUGACAACAAGCUGCAGGAUUCAGACGUGGAGCUGCUGUGUCAUUUCCUGAAGAGUCCAGACUGUAGACUGGAGGAUCUGGGAUUGCAGGACUGCAGUUUGUCAGAGACCAGCUGUGCUCCUCUGGUCUCAGCUCUGAAGUCCAACCCCUCCCAUCUGAGAUAUCUGGAUCUGAGUAAAAACAAGCUGCAGGAUUCAGACGUGGAGCUGCUGUCUGAUCUUCUGAAGAAUCCAGACUGUAAACUGGAGGCUCUGCUAUUGGAUGACUGCAGUUUGUCAGAGACCAGCUGUGCUCCUCUGGUCUCAGCUCUGAAGUCCAACCCCUCCCAUCUGAGAAAGCUGGAUCUGAACUACUACAAGCUAGGAAGGUUUGUCAGACAGGAUAGAGAUGCUGAACGAGAUUCUGGUGCGGCUGGGAAAAAUAUUUCUGGUUCGAAGAGGUUUUUUGACAGACCCCAGAGGGUACAGGCUAAGUUUGAGCGCACCUCUCCCCCUCCUGAGUUCAGAAGAGUCGAGCGAUCCCCUCAAACUGAUGUUUACUGUUUUAAUUGUAAAAAGCCUGGCCAUACCAAGUCUGUUUACAGGAAGUUGCAGUAUAAGGAGGCCAGUAAACCUGUAGCUUGUGUUGGUGUCCUGCCCCAAGCAUUGGAAACCACUCAGUUGGUGGAUCCCUCUGAGGAAGAGGUGUUGAAAGAUUACCAGGGUUUUGUGUCCGCAGGUACAGUAGCAGUGUCAGAGGAUGGCCAUGAGGUGCCAGUGAAGGUGCUUAGGGAUUCUGGAGCAGCUCAUUCACUACUUCUAAAGGGAGUGUUAGAUUUACCACCAUCAACUGCCGCUGGGGUGUCAGUUGUGGUCAAGGGGGUUGGUGAUCGCUAUGUCCCUGCUCCUAAACACCGAUUGUGGGUAAAAACUAAUCUAGUGAGUAAGGUGGCAGAGGUGGGAGUUAUAGACACUCUCCCGGUAAAAGGUAUUGCUCUCCUUUUAGGUAAUGACCUGGCAGGCUCUAGGGUGCGCCCAAGUGACCCUGAAGACGGUCUGACAGAGGUAGUGAGGAGUGAAAGUAUUACCCCUAUUGUGCAGGAACAACCAUGUGAGGCCCCACAAACUGUAGCUCUGGAGAGAGAGCACCCUGAAGUUUUCACAGCCUGCGUUGUAACCAGAUCUGGGUUACAGUCCCAGGAAUUGUUAAAUGCUCAGGUAGAGGAGCAAACAGUUGACCUGGCUGACUCAUUUUUGGCCCAGCUGGCAGGAAUGGAGGAAGGUGAUACAGGGGAUGCAGCUCCUAUCAAGCAGAACCCUUAUCGGAUUCGACCGUAUAGGCAAGAGGCUGUUAAAGCUGAACUGCAGUACAUGCUAGAGAUUGGGGCUAUUGAGAAGGGCACAAGUUCAUGGAGUUCUCCCCUGGUACCCGUUCUUAAGACUGAUAAUACUGUGCGCCCAUGUAUUGAUUUUAGAAAGGUCAACAGUGUGACAAAGACAGAUGCUUUUCCUAUCCCCCGGUUAGAGGAUUGUACUGAUCAGAUUGGUCAGGCCGGCUUUGUAUCAAAGUUUGAUCUCCUAAAAGGAUACUGGCAGGUUCCAUUGACUCACAGAGCAAAACAGGUGUCUGCCUUUUUUACCGCUGAUCAGUUAUAUCUCUGUCAAGUGUUACCCUUUGGCAUGAAAAAUGCCCCAGCAACCUUUCAAAGGUUGAUGAAUACCAUGACAGCAGGUUUAGCCAAUGUGGUAACCUAUAUUGAUGACGUGGUCGUGUAUAGCUCGUCAUGGACCGAUCACAUGAUGCACAUGGACCAGCUGUUUAGAAGGUUGGAAGAGGCUGGCCUGGUUGUGAACCUCCCUAAGUGUGAGUUUGGGAAGGGUCAAGUUACUUACCUAGGCCACUUAGUAGGGAGAGGAUCAGUGAGACCAAGACAGGCAAAAGUACAGGCCAUUGCAGAUCUCGCCACUCCCACCACAAGGAGGCAGUUAAUGCGCCUACUGGGGAUGAGUGGAUUUUACCGGCGUUUUGUACCCAAUUUUGCAGAUGUGGUGGCUCCCCUUACUAACCUCUUGAAGAAAGGUGUGAAGUUUGUGUGGACGUCUGAGUGUCAAAGUGCAGUGGAAAAGGUGAAGGCUAUAUUGUCAUGCGAACCGGUGCUAAAGGCCCCCAAUUUCUCGGUUCCAUUCAGGUUGGCAACUGAUGCCUCAGAUGAGGGAAUUGGGGCGGUCCUUCUGCAAGCUGAUUCGCAGGGAAUAGAGAAGCCGAUAGCCUAUUACUCUAAGAAGCUGAAUCGUCAUCAGCAGCGCUAUUCAACCAUUGAAAAGGAGGCCUUAGCCCUGGUAGUGGCCAUACAGCAUUUCGAGUUCUAUGUGGCAGGUAGUCAGAAGGAGCUGUUGACCCAUACAGAUCAUAAUCCCUUAGUUUUCCUUGAGAAGUUUAAAGGGAAGAACCAGAGGCUAUUUAGAUGGAGUCUGGUGUUACAGCCCUAUAACCUUGUGAUCCAACAUCUUCCAGGAAAGCUGAAUGUUAUAGCGGAUGGUUUGUCCAGAGGCUGA